AUGGCGGCGGCGGGCGGGGGCGGCGCCGCGGUGUCGGUGCUGGCGCCCAGCGGGCGGCGGGUCACGGUGCGGGUGGGCCCCGGCACGGUCCUGCUCCAGGUCCUCGAGGAGGUCUGCAGGAAGCAGGGGGGCAGCCCUGGCGAGUACGGCCUCAAGUUUCAGAGGAAUGUUUUGGACCUGUCUUUGCAGUGGAGAUUUGCUAGGCUGCCCAACAAUGCCAAACUGGAGAUGGUGCCGGUCUCCAACAGAGCUGGAGCCGGAACCACGGUUCGGAUAGCAUUACAACUGGAUGAUGGCUCCCGUUUCCAAGACACCUUCCUCUGCCAACAGACCUUGUGGGAACUUCUCAACCAUUUUGCAAAGAUCAGGGAGCUGAUGGAACAGCAUGGUGAAUUGUCUCCAGUCUGUAUUUACAUGCGAGAUGAGAUAUCAGGAAAAGAUGCCCUGGAGAAGACAACACUGAAAUCACUUGGCCUGAUUGGAGGCAAUGCCAUUGUCAGAGUUGUCAUGAAGAAAUGCAGUUCAUCUGGUGGGGAGGAAGUUGUGGGUGCCAUGGUGCCUUGUAAUGAGCCAACAGUGAAGCAAGGCUCUGUGGAGGAAGCAGUGGAUGUGCCUCUACCUCAAGCAAACACAUUUCCAAAGGACUUGGAGCACAGGGAUGUGGCUGUGUCUUUAAGCAGCUGCACACACAAGCAAGACUCAGUUAAAGAUUCUGAUGCUAGCUUGGAGGAGCUGUGGAAUUCCCCAGAGCCUGAGCCUACCCCGUUUGUCCCUUUUUCUGGAGGUGGAGAGCAUCUGGGGGACUCUCCUGUACCAUCUUCAAAGCUGCCAAAAACUUUUUCCAGCCCUGGAGGCCCUUCUAAGCCAAAGAAGUCUAAGAGCAGCCAAGAACUGCAAAAGAAGCAAGAACAGCUUGUAGAACGUGAGCCCCUUAUAUGUCACCUAGACCUGCUGGAACAACUUCCUGAUGACCCAGAGGAGCUUCCUGAUGAAUUUUUUGAAGUCACAGUGGAUGAUGUACGGAAACGUUUGGCACAGCUGCAGAAUGAGAGGAAACGCCUGGAAGAAGCUCCGCUGUUAACAAAGUCUUUGAGGGAGUCCCAGCUGAAGGAGAAGUUGGAGCGUUACCCAAAGGUGGUGUUGAGAGUUUGUUUUCCAGACCGCCAUGUUCUACAGGGAUUCUUCCAUCCCACUGAAACUGUUGGCAUUUUGAGAGACUUUGUAAGAAGCCACCUUGCCGAUGCAGAGUUGCCAUUUUACUUGUUUGUUGCACCUCCCAGAAUCAUCUUGAACGAUGAAAGUCUGACGCUGUUUGAGGCUAAACUUUUCCCAACUGCUGUCAUUCAUUUUGGAUCGGAGGAGUGCAGGGCUUGUUACCUGAAACCAGACCUGCUGAGCUCUGCAGUUUCUCGUUCUGCAGCUGAUUUAUUAGUAGCCAGAUCAUUAGUUCCUUCUGCUUCAUCAACUUUAGCAUCAGUGGCUCCUUCCCUAUCUGAAGAUGAAGUGGGAAGUGACAAAAAGACCAUUGAGCAGCCCGAAGCAGCCAGCACCCAGGGAGCUCCACAAGUGUUUAGAAAGGCCCCUGGGAAAAUACCCAAAUGGCUGAAGCUUCCAGGUGGAAAGAGAUGAAGCAUCCUGGGCUCCUGGAUCACUGAGCUGUCAGCUGUGCCCUUUUCUCCACGAAUUUACUAAGAAUGUUUAAAAGUGUUGGUGGCCCUGGAGAGAUCUAAUCUGUAUGAACAUUAGUUAUAAAAAGAGAAAGGCUAUUUCAGAUACCAUUUGCAGCUGCUGGAGGAGUGGAGGGCCUGUUUAUGGUCUGUGACUACAGAAGCAAGGUUAGAGGCUAAAUGUAAGGUUUCUUGCAUGCAAAUAAUAAGAAUAGAGAAUUAAGGGGGACCUGAUUCAUAUAUACUUUCUGCAAAGAACUUUGUUUCUAUCCAUAUUUUUAAAUUCAAAUCUUCUCAGUUGCACCUCCAGAGAUCACUUGAGUCUAGCUGUCUGUAUUCCAGCAGUAAGAUACCAUCUGGUUCAGCUGUACCUAAAAUUGUUAAGUCCUGCCUAGAACAAGACUUUUCCUCUUAGUGAUUAAGGUUGUUGCUGCUGAUAAUUCUGGACAUAAAUAGCUGGAAAAUGAAUGAAGAGGAAGCACUUAAGUUACUUCAGCCAGUUCAGAUCAGUGAAAUUUCCUGUGAAGCACUCAGGUUGCUGCACUCGUAUUGUGUUCAGUUGCCAGAAUCUUGUUAACAAAGAACACAGGUGUCUGUGCAUGGAAAUGCCUGUUGAGCUUGUUUCUGUCCGAAGGUCUAAUUUUAUUUUCAUUGUGUAUAAUUACCAUCAGUAAUUAGUUACAGCAAGAAAAAAACCCAUCCAGUUAAAGGGUCUCUCCAAACGGCAGUUGAUUGGUGGCCUGAGUAUUCCCAAAGCAGGGUAGCUGUGCUCUGCACCUCAGUUAAUGUACAAGGAAAAGGCCCAGUCCAGAUCUCUCUCUCCUCCACAUGUAUUGGGUGGAUGAAUAUUGGUUGGAAUUGUCCUUACACUGGAGAUGAACUCUGUAGUGCCAUGGCAGUCACGGUGCUGGGUUUUAUUUGAAGUCUUCUCCAUGGAUCAGUGAUCUGUGGAGAGCUGGGAUUCUGUGGUACAGUAAUACCAUGUUUUCUGUUUUCCUUGUUUCCUCACGUGUGCAUCUGCACAAUUUGUAGAUGUAAUAAAGCAGAGUGGCCACAGGGGCCCUUUUGGUCGGUCCCUUUGAUAGCUUCUUGCCCUGGCACUUGGUGUGUCUGUCAGUUCACAGAAACCUCCUCUCUUUUCAAUUGGCCUGUCAUGCCUCAUUCCCUUCCUCACUUUUUUUUUUUUUCAACAAAGCAAAAUGGAGCUUUGUACCAUCUGAAUGAACUUCAAAGUGGCUAGAAAGGGCACCCUGGGUUCCUGGCACUUGUCAGUGUCUCCCUGCCUGGCCAGCAUUUCCCUUCAGGUCUAAUUACUUCCAAAUGCUCACAGAUGCUUUGAAGAAACUUGGAGGAAGGAGGAGGCAUGAAAGGUGGAAGAGGGAGAUUCAAAGCAGCAGUGCAGAAUGCUUUAGCAAAAAUGUUGAUUUCUUACAUGACACCCAAACGUAAACAGGGAACGUGUACAGCCACUGGCAGCGGGACUGUGAGAGCACUGUGUACAGCUCCUCUGCUAAAUCCUCCCUGUGGAAAGCAAGCCCUUCUGCCACUUGAUAGGCUAUAAAAGACAUACCACAGCAAACAAAAAAACCAGUCAAAUCAUGUUUAAACUUUAUUACUCUUUAGUUGAUGAAGCAUGAGCUGAGCCUACACUGUGUAGGACUGUUGGUCUCUUGGUUCAGGUGCUGUAUCAGCCUUGUUCAUGUCACACACAUCAGAAGUAGACAGUAGCUAGAGCUGCCUUGCUGAAUGAAUACAGGAUAUCCUCUGGGGAAACCAGGAGCCAUUGCUAAUGAUAGGUGGUGAAAUACUUGUACUGCUGUUCUUGGUUUCCAGGAUUAGAAUAUGCAGAAGCUGUGUGGCUGGGGGGAAGCUGCAGUGUGCCUUCAGAUGUGCUAGUCCUUUUAUUUUGAAGAGCAUAAGUGACACCAAAUAGUACAAUCUGCUUAACUGAUUUGCUUAGCUGUUUUAAUUAUGUCAGCUUUUGUAAAGGGCUAGCACCAUAAGCAUCUGCUGCAAGUGCCUGGGAAAACAACUUUAGGGACACAAGCAGCAGUAUCAGUAUUCGUGGGGCAGUUUCGUGGGUUAAGUGUAGGGGCUUUACAUUGUUGACUGUGUUCCCUCGGGCAGUUCUGCCUAUGCCUGUCCCUUGUGUAACUCAGCCGUGCCUCAAACCCAGUUUAAUCACAAUAAUGAAAGGUA